AUGGAUGACCCGGCAACCCGUAUCCCGGGGCAGCUGCUCCCGCACAUGCACCUUCUCUCGCGUCAUGCCUACCCGAACAUGCAUAUGAUGCCGACUGAGACCGCCGUCGAGUACCUGACCAGCGCACCCCGGGUCUGCCGCUCACAACCAAUGCAUUGGACCUUCUUGGAUGGCCCAGCCGAUGGCACUGUGAUGCUCACAUGGCAGCCGCUUGCGCAAUUGGGCAACAACUUCGCCAGCGAUGGUUAUAUCUGGGCAGAUGUUGAGCAGGCAUUCAAUUUCGAAGCCAGAGGCUACACUAUUGAAAUGCACCUUCACCGCAGCGGCUACCUUCCCGGAAAGGAAAACGUUGCUACUCACUGCCGCAAGCGUUAUCGCAUUGUCUCUUCUAAAGUCCCCAACGCCCCUCAGCCUGAUCCCUCACUGUGGAUCGUUCACUAUUCGAAAGCCCCUCCAGCCGACCACGUCCCAGUAGCACGCAUUCCCGUCUCCCCGCAAGUACAGGCCUCGAUUGCCCAGCGCCGCUUCUUGCAAAGUCAGGGCCAGCUUGCUCGCAAGGAAUUUAUGCUUCACGACCGGAACAACUGGCCAACCAUCAACUUCCCGCCCCAGAUGGGACCCCAGGGCUUUGUCCAGCCCCAAGCAGCUUACCAGAAUGCCGCUGCUGCGGGACGACCCGGUUUCUACCCACCCCAAGGCCACCCUGGGGCUGUUCCACCCGGUGCUGCCCAGGCUAAGAUGGCACGCCCUCACCGCGCCUCAUCGGCAGCGAUAACAGCCGCAGCGGCCGACUUUGCUCUGGAGGAUGAGGAUGUCUCGACUGGCGACCAGAUCGACCUGUUGACCCCACGUGAAGUCAGCAAGAUGCGAUACGUGCAGCACCACGAGUGGAUGGAGGAGAUUUUUGCGUCGCCGUAUGCCAUUUCACAGAUCACACCAGUCUCUCUGGGCCUUGGCCGGAAGGGUGAACUGGAGUCAUUGACAGCAGGUUUCUUCGAUGCGCCUUCCGGAAACUCCGUGAGCGCCGAAGGCCAGGAGGCAGGCGAUGCUCCAGAGGCCACCAAGAUGGAACCCGCCAAAGCUGAGGAGUUUGCUGAUCGAGUUGCCAAGAAGGUCGCCGACAUGACCGCCGAGAUUGAGAAGUUGAAGAAGCAGCACGCUCGCCGUAUGGAGCGAUUCAACCGCAGCUCCCUCUUCAAGGACUCGGAACUGCGUCUCCGGGACGCUGCUGCCGACCCGACCGAGACUGGCGCUGAGAUCUGGAGAUUGGAAGGCCGCAUUAUCAUUCCCACGGAAGAGAGCGAGACCCCGCAGCAGUACGUGGAAGAGAAAGCUAAAUACAAGGUUGAGGAUGUGGUCCGCGACGUGGAGAGCGCCUGGAAGAAACAGAUCAUGCCGGAGCCCAAGGUGUCAUGCGUGGAGAAGGGUGGACUCUUGGAGAAGAUCGAGCCGGAACACAAGGACGAGCCCGAGUCGUUCACCAACGAUAUGGUCAUGGAUCAGGAUGACUCCCAUUUGUUGAACCAAUUUGGCAGCCCGGGUGCUGAUGCCUCUGGUGCUGCACCUGGACAAGGCAUGCCCGGCACCGAGAUCCCAGGUGACGUGGAUAUGGACCUGGGUGACCAACUUGCCGGCGGCGUCACCAACGAGAACGGCGACUGGGUGAUGAUCCAUAACGAGAACAAGGGGGGAGCUGGAGACGUGAGUCUCGAGGGCUCCAACUUCGACUUUGACAACAUCGAUAGUGCUGGCGAUGCAUUGGCCGCCUAUACCGAGCAGAACGACGGGUUAGAUCUUCCCGAUCUGGAAAACUCAGCGUUUGGAGAUGCCUUCCACGCCUCGGACAACGAGCACUCGCACAACCCAGACGCGGAUGAGAUGUCCUAG